ACCCCUUGUGAAGGCGCACAAUAUGAUCCAUUUUUAACAAUUAAGUUAACAUUGCAGUGGAAGGGGAGGGUUUUUUAUAGGCAUUUCCUCAUGCUAUAAUAAUAAUUUACAUAGCAGCAACGUUUAACUUAUCUAGCAUUAAGGUCGAGCUGAACGUGCUCCAGUGUACGGUGCAUAAUUUUUUUUCCCCUGCCCGUUAUCAGCAUCUAUGUUAAGCGGACCUGGCAGGUAUAAAAGGAGAGACGGGAAGGUGGAGGCAGCCAUUAAGUACAAAGAAAAGUGACCAAGAGGACAAAGAUGAAGAUAGCAGGGAUGAUCAUCCUCCCUGUCUGUUUGACCUUUAUGCUUCUGGGCAGCACUAAGGCACAAAAUACCACAAAUGCAUCCACCACCGCAAACGACACUGAGACAACUGGUACCGCACUGACUUCGGCGUCCACUGUGUUCCUGAGCCAAACCACCGCCCCAACAACCUCAGAGAACAACACCAGCGGUGCCGUAACCACCAGUCCACCGAGCGGCUCCACCACGUCACACUCCCCGGCCGCCACUACGUCAUCCCUGAAGACCACAAUGUCCCCUGGAACCACUCAGAGCACUCCAACCAAUUAUACGUCCAUCACUCCAACGAAUUUCACCAGUGGGCGCGUUGAUAGUAACGCCCCAGGAGCUUCGGCGACGACGCUAAAAGGCCGAUCUGCCUCUUUGUUCGGGUGCUACAGCCCGUUUCUGAUUCCUGCCCUCUCCAUUCUGAUCUCGUGUGCAUAAGGGCCGGGAGAGUGAAACCACGGGACACUGCAGUGUAACAAUUGGCGUUUAUGAAGUGCUUUAUUGGAACUGAGCUCUUUUUCCACGAAUCCUAAAGUUGUGUGUAACCUUCACAUGUUAAAGACAUGAUAAAUAAAACGUAAAACAUUUGGUUGUAUUCUUAAAUCUUAAAACGUGACGCUGACAUUAAUUAUACCAGCUCAGUCCGACUCUACUGUAGUGCAACAGCUGAUGGAAAUGGCAGACUUCCAGCCACCGAAACGAUUUGCAUUUGCAUUUGCAUUUUGAUAUUAAAAAAAGAUUCCCUGUGUCAUUCAAACGACGUCACAUUCAAAUACAGGCUAUUUGUUAUGCACCGCCUUAUGUGUUUUGCCUCUGUCUUCGCUCCCUAUAAGCACUCAUAACCAUAUUAAGAUUAUAUAUGGAGAUAUAUAUAUGGAGAUUUAUAUAUAUGUAUAUAGACAGCCUGGGUUGAAAUCAGGCAAAUCCUCUUGGGAAAAUAUAGCUUUUAGGGUGUCAUACUAUUCUCUUUGAGGGAUUUAAAACCAAUUAAUUCAACAUAAAACAAUAACGGUGAAAAUAAUCUUUUGAAACUGACUGAUUCUUUCUGAUCUACAUUUCUGCAGAAUAACACUAUCAUUUAAGGUAACUGAAAAUAAGCAGCUGGAGGCUCAGCAGAGACGGGUUAUCUCCCGAUCUCCCUCCGUUUCAACUGGCCCGGUGAGACGUUUUGCAUUUGUGGUCCAUUGCUAGGGUGGAGACUGAGGCAGGUGCUUCCUGGAUGGAAACAAAAAAAAAAAAAAAAGAAAAAGAGGGUAUCAGGUGAAUAAUCUGAAUGCCUUAUAAAAAGGUCAGCUCCUGAAGAAACCAUUUUGUUCCGCUAACACUGUCAAGGAGGGGCGCACAAGCAUCUAAGCAGCAACGAUCUGCUACACCAAAAAAAGGAAAACAACAGAUGAAAGAAAUAUAUAUUCAGCUGUUUGUCUUCAAGCAGAAAUAAUCUCAGCAUGAAGUACUUUGUCCUGGGACUGUUGCUACUGGCUCUGCUGGGAUGUGUCUACGCACAGACCAGUCCGGCACUAAAAACGGAGAACAACAACAACAGCAACAACACUUCCAAGCCCAACAACAAUAACAAUGACAAUAACACCACCUCAACCACCGGCACCAGCUCCAGCACCAACUCCACCUCCGGCUCCACCACCGGCUCCAGUACCAACUCCAGCACAACCACCACCGACCACAACAGCUCCACCGGAACCAGCAGCCAGACUUCCACCGGCACCACAGGGACGGGCACUGGGAGUACAAUGAACGGACAAAUCCGCCUCUUCGCCUCCAUCAAUCUGCUGUUUGGAACUUUCGUUCUUCAGGCCCUUUGCCAAUGUUUGCUAGAGAUAAAUGCACUAUGAGUUCUGCAUGCUGCACAAAUGGCUGACUUAGUGAUGGGCGAAAGAUCCGGAAUUAAACUACAACUUGUGCGAUAUGUGAACCGGAUCUAGUUGCUAUAUGAAGGGAAAGAUGGAUUAUUUUAAAUCAUAGUGUGUCCAUUUGCAUUUUAAAAAGUUACUGCUACAAGAUCACUGAUUGUAUAUACUGUAGACUUAUUUAUUCUCUUGCAUAUAUAUAUAUAUAUAUAUAUGUAUAUAUACAUAUAUAUAAAACAUGUUACAUUGCAGUAGUUGUGUUGAGUUUUAAAGUUUCAUUUAUAGUUUAAUUCCUGUAAUAACUUUAACUGUAUAAUAACUAAUAUAACUAAUAACUGUAAUAAUUUGCAAAUAUGCAGAACAAGCAGUAGAAUGAGCGUUUGUGUUGACGUGUCCAAAACAUAUGAAACAUGAA